AAAAUAUUAGUCUUCAAGAUGAAUUUGUUAAUAACUAUUUUUGUUGCAUGUAGCACGAUAACCUUUGCGGUCAGCGAAGAACAAUUUAAAGUGAUUGUUGUUGGAGCUGGACCAUCUGGAAUUGCAACUGCGAGCAAAUUACUGGAAAAUGGAAUUAACAACAUUUUAAUACUAGAAGCCGAAAAUCGGGUGGGUGGAAGAAUCAAUACACAAAAUUGGAAUGGUAGAAAUAUUGACCUCGGCGCUGAGUGGUGUCACGGAGAAAAGAAUAACAUCGUAUGGGAAACGCUGAAAGAAAAGGGACUACUUAAUCUCUUAGAACACGAUGAUAUGCCCGAAGAAAUAUUUUUGUCUUCGAGAAAACACAUAAGUAAGGAAUUUUCGAAGCAACUUUUUGAACUUCUUGACAUUUAUCUGGAGUUAGAUGAAACUAAUCUUCCGAAAAAUAUUAGUUUGGGAGAGGUGAUGGUUAAAAGAUUUAAUCAAGAGAUUCACAGGAAAUUUGGUGAUGACAAAGAAAAAUAUAGUGUUGCCAAAAGUGCUUUAGAUUGGAUGGAAAAUAUGAUAUUAUGUCUUGAAGCUGCCUUUACAUGGGACGAUGUGGGUAUUUUCAGUGACUACGAAGAUGCAGAAGGAUAUUUAAAUUGGGGAUGGGGAAAUCACGGAUACAAAAUAUACUUAGAUAUCUUAACAAAAAAAUAUCCAAAUCCCAAGGAGCAGCUUCCCAUCGACAAUAAAAUUUUGUUGAAUAAAGAGGUCAAAAAGGUUACAACAAGUGAGAAUGGAAACAAAAUUGUAUGUGUUGAUGGCACAUCUUAUAAAGCGCAACAUGUUGUAUUUACACCAUCCCUGGGAGUACUUAAAAGUGAUGCAAAAUCUUUAUUCGAUCCGCAACUACCAGCAGAAAAAUUAGAAGCCAUUGAAAAAAUAGGAUUUGGUGCUGUAAUGAAGGUGUUUGUGAAGUAUGAUAGAAAAUGGUGGGGAAAUUUAAAUGGUAUGAAUUUUAUUUGGACUGAAGAAGAUCGGAAAGCUGCGACAGAGAAAUUUUCUCGGGAGCCCCUAAAUUCUAAAGGGCAAUCUUGGAUCGUAGAAAUUUCUAACGCAAUUGCUUUACCGCAUUCCAACAUUUUGCUUGUUUGGUUCACGGGAGAAAUAGAACCUAGUAUAGAGAAAAUGGAUGAAGCCACUUUACAAAAGGGAAUCGAAUUUACAUUUGAUAAAUUUUUUGGACAUAUAUUUGAUGUUCCUAAACCACAAAACAUAUUAAAAACCACCUGGUACACAAAUCCACACUUCAGAGGCACCUACUCCUUUACUUCAGUGAACUCAACUGGCCGUGAAGUCGAGAUUCUUCAACAACCUGUUUCUAAUUCGUUAGGUGUACCCAUUUUACAAUUUGCUGGUGAAGCGACUAACAAAAAACAUCAUUCCACUGUACACGGAGCAGUAGAAUCCGGAUUUAGAGAAGCAAAUAGAAUAAUUCAGCUUUACAAUAAAUCUUAAUUUUUUUGACCCAGAUAUUUGUAAAAUGUAUAAUAAACUAAAACAAUAACUGUUUUUAUUAUGUUUCUUUA